AUGUCUUUUCUCAACACCCUCGAAGGUGCGCUCAAUAAAGGGAAAGCUAAAUUAAAGGAGUUUCAGGGUGGGAAACCAAAUCAGCAACCGCAACAGCAUCAACAGCAAUAUUACAACCAACCACCACAAGGACAAUAUCCGGGUGCUCAAAACCAAUACCCAGGUGGUCAACAGCAAUACUAUCCCCCACAACAACAACAACAACAAUCACAGUACUACCCUCCCCCACAGCAACAACCACAAUUUUGUCCUCCACAGCAGCAGCAGUCAUGGAAUCCACCGCCUCAAUCGCAAAGCCCAUACCAGAGCGGUCCUCCUCCUAUCCCUUCCUGGAGUAAACCACAAUCGCCCGCUGUCAACCUUGCAACUCGACCGCCCACUCACCCUCCUUCGCAGAACCAACCGUACUGGCAACCUCAUUUCGAUGCCUCCCUACCAGUCUCAACAUACUUCAUCCAAGAAACGGGCGCUCAUGGCUGGGGAAACAACGAAUCUCAAAACUACACGAACGUGCCCGCGAAUUGUUUCUUCACGCCCCACCAACAACUCGUCCUUCGCGGCAUCGUGAAUACUUCUGCUCCGAACGAUAAAUACACAUCUGCGCGGCUGGUGUCCGAACAACGGUUUGCGCGCCAAAGAGGAUAUUUAUCUGCGACUCUGAAAGCACCUUGUGCCCCAGGAAUCUGGCCUGCGUUCUGGGCAUUACCAGCUGAACCCUUCACGUGGCCGAAUGACGGCGAAGUCGAUAUCUUCGAGAGCUGGAACGGUGAUUGUGUGAACCAUUCAUGUCUUCAUUGGGGCCAUUUCAACGGGGAGGAUUGGAAUAAACAUCGUGUCGUGGAGACGCAUAUUGGGGAUAUGCCGCAUAGGGAAGUCAAGAUUGGGUUUGCUUGGCAACAGGACGAGGAUAGGAAUGGGGCAGGUGGGAAAUUGGUCUGGUAUCUGGAUGGACGACCGGUUAUGAAAGCGAAUAUCCCCGAGGGAACGAGGAGGAUUAGUGAUUAUCGGAUUGUAAUUAAUGUGGCGAUGGGAGGGAAUGUCUGUCAAGGGAAGUUGCCGGCGGAUGGGACGUAUGAUUUUGUGGUUAGGGAGUUGGCUAUGUGGGAUACGCCGAAUGGGGGGUGGGAGCAGUUUAAUAGGGAUUUUGAUCAGACUGUGGAGGGAAAGGCAGGAUGA